AUAAAUGUCCGCAUACAAUUAUAAGGCAAAUUCAGUCGUCUUAUAGAAAUACAACUAACAACAAACAAUAUUGUUAAAUAAUAAUCUUCUUCACAAUGCCACCAAACCAAAGCACAAUCACCAAUACUGUGCCUUUGAAGAUUGCCAUCAUAGGUCAAAGCGCUUUCGCAGUAGACGUUUUCCACCGACUUCGCCAGCAUGGUCACAUAGUAGUCGGCGUCUUCACAGUUCCGGACAAGGGCAAACGUGAAGAUCCUCUAGCGAAGGUAGCCCAAGAAAACGAUGUCCCGAUUUUCAAGAUCAAGGCUUGGCGCAAGGCCGGCAAGCCUCUACCCGAAGUCUUAGACAUUUACAAAAAUGUUAACGCAGACUUGAACGUAUUGCCUUACUGCUCACAAUUUAUUCCCAUGGAAGUGAUCAACUACCCAAGACUGAAGACCAUCUGCUACCAUCCAUCGCUUCUGCCGAGACACAGAGGGGCAAGCUCCAUCAACUGGACACUAAUUUGUGGUGACAAAACAGCCGGGCUUACGAUUUUCUGGGCAGACGAUGGUCUUGACACUGGACCCAUCCUUCUCCAAGAAAAAUGCGAGGUUGCCGAAGACGAUACCGUAGACACUUUGUACAAACGCUUCUUGUAUCCAGUGGGUGUUACUGCUGUGGCUCGAGCUGUCGACCUUGUAGCUGACGGAACAGCUCCUCAUGAACCCCAGACCGAAAAAGGAGCCACUUACGACCCCAUGCUGAAUAAGCCAGAACUGCAAAAAAUCGACUGGAACAAAACAGGCCUCGAGAUUCACAAUUUCAUACGAGGAAUGGAUUCUGUGCCUGGAGCAACCUGCAGAAUCAGAAUUCCUGGCGAACCCGACUUUCAAGAAGUUUUCUUGUUUGGGUCCAGUAUUUGGAAGGGUAGUAAACCUUCUGGGAACGAAAUUGACAUUGAAGGUGCCGAUCUUGGACUCAUUCAUGAAGACGGGUUACUAAUUUCUGGACAUGAUGGCGUCCUGGUGAACGUAAAAAGAGUGAAAAUUGGUGGACGAAUGAAACUAGCUGCUGUUCUGGAUCAAGUUACCAAACAAGUAACCGUGGAACUGACACAAGAAGAGAAAACCCAAAUUGAUUCCAUUAGGGAUAUCUGGGAAAGUAUCCUUAAUUGUGAAAUCGAAGAAGAUACCGACUUUUUUGCCAGUGGUGCUGGAUCGAUGGAUGUAGUUCGUCUAGUUGAAGAGGUUAAAGAUUUAGUUAAAAUAGAAGAACUGGAGAAUGAGGAUGUUUUCAUGUCCCCGGUUUUCUCCGAAUUCUCGUUAAACGUUAUUUUGAAAAAGAGAGGAGGCACAGGAAAACAAGAGGUCGAGUUUAGAGCUGUUGAAGUGGAAGCUAAUGGAAUGAAAUUGAGAUUCCCGUGCCAACUAUUUAUCAACGGGGAGUUUGUGGAUGCUGACGGUGGAAAAACUUUGGGAACUGUGAAUCCGAGUAACGAAGAAAUUAUCUGCCAGGUGCAAUGUGCUUCUCCUAAAGAUGUAAAUAAGGCUGUAGCUGCUGCCAAAAAGGCAUUCGAAAGUGGAGAAUGGAGCAAAAUUAGUGCCAGGGAAAGAGGACAACUUCUUUACAAAUUAGCCGAUCUAAUGCACCAACAUCGAGAAGAAUUAGCCACCAUAGAAUCUAUAGACUCCGGGGCAGUUUACACCUUAGCCUUGAAGACGCACGUUGGUAUGAGUAUAGAAACGUGGCGAUAUUUUGCCGGUUGGACUGACAAAAUCCAGGGAACAACUAUCCCAGUUUCUCAUGCAAGACCCAAUAAGAAUUUAUCGUUUACCAAAAAAGAACCAAUUGGUGUUUGUGGUUUAAUUACACCCUGGAAUUACCCCUUGAUGAUGUUAUCUUGGAAAAUGGCUGCGUGUUUAGCUGCUGGUAACACAGUGGUGAUCAAACCAGCCCAAGUGUGUCCUCUAACGGCUUUAAAGUUCGCUGAACUGUCCGUAAAAGCUGGAAUUCCUCCAGGUGUUAUCAAUGUACUCCCUGGUACGGGAUCAGUCGCCGGACAAGCAAUUGCUUCUCACCCUGAUGUUAGAAAGUUAGGAUUUACGGGUAGCACGGAGAUCGGACAAGUAAUCAUGAAGAGCUGUGCUGAGUCGAAUUUAAAGAAGGUGUCUUUAGAGUUAGGAGGAAAGUCUCCAUUGGUUAUUUUUUCAGACUGUGACUUAGAUAAAGCUGUCAGAUUGGGGAUGCAAAGUGUCUUUUUCAACAAGGGCGAAAACUGCAUUGCGGCAGGUCGUCUCUUCGUGGAAGAAAGCAUCCACGAUGAAUUUGUCAGAAGGGUGGUCCAAGAAACCAAGAAAAUCAACAUUGGUGAUCCUCUCAACCGCUCAACGUCACACGGUCCCCAAAACCACUUAGCCCACUUGAAAAAACUGCUAGAAUACGUUGAAAUAGGUGUCAAGGAAGGUGCUAAACUUGAAUAUGGUGGCAAGAGGUUAAGCAGGCCUGGGUACUUUUUGCAACCUACCAUCUUUACGGGGGUGGAAGAUCACAUGUUCAUUGCUAAAGAAGAAUCUUUCGGGCCUGUCAUGGUUAUCAGCACGUUUAGUAAUGGGGAUAUCGAUGGAGUACUGAGGAGAGCUAAUGCGACUGAGUACGGUUUAGCGUCUGGAGUUUUUACAAAGGAUUUGUCGAAGGCGUUGAGGUUUGCAGAAAAAGUUGAAGCUGGUACGGUGUUUGUUAAUACUUAUAACAAGACCGAUGUUGCUGCUCCAUUCGGUGGAUUUAAACAAUCUGGAUUUGGAAAGGAUUUAGGACAAGAAGCUCUCAGUGAAUACUUGAAAACAAAAUGUGUUACAAUAGAGUAUUAGUGAGAACUGAUUACAUUAUACAUUAUUACUUUUAAGGUUUAAAUUAUUACAAACAAUUAUGUAAGUCUGUAUAAAGAAAUAAAAAGUGUGAUUGUUAUAA